AUAAAAUAGUGAAAAACAAAAUAUAAUGAAAAGUUUUCAUUACCCAAUUGAAUCAACAUCAAUUUGUGAUAUCAUUUGAAUAAGAAUUCAUCAAAUUAAAUUUCCUUCUUCAUUCAUAAGGAUCUUUAUAGUAAAUUAAAAGGACAUAAAGUUUACAAAAACCAAUAAUAAUCAUCAUAAUCAUAAUGGAGACCGGUGUGCGAGCUUUAGAUAUUAUAACUUUACUCCAAGAGCGAGUUGCUUUUAUUUCUGGUGGACGAGAUAGUCGUGGUGGACCACUUGUCAGCUUUCCUUCAACAUCCAAGCGUGAAAGAAUUAAGCCCGAAGAUUUAAAGAAGAUAAUUAGCUAUCUUUUCAAUAUUCCAAGCAAUGAGGCACGUUUGUUGGGAUUUACAAUAAUAAUAGAUAUGCGAGGAAAUGCAAAUACAUCAGCAGGUGCCAAAACGGCAUUGAAAAUAUUGCAAGAAAAUUUCGGUGACCUUGUACAUCAAGUAUUGAUCAUAAAGCCAGAUAAUUUUUGGCAAAAACAGAGGAGUUCAAUCGCAAGCAAUAAAUAUAAAUUUGAGGUCACAACCAUUUCUAUUCAAGCAAUUGGAAAAAUUAUUGAUAUGUCACAAUUGACAUCCGAUUUCGAUGGUUUCUUUCAUUACGAUCAUGCUCAAUGGCUUGAAUUACGUCUCGCGUAUGAGGACUUUUCGUGGCAAGCAAACGACAUUGCCGAUCGAAUUGAGGAUUUUCAAGAAGACCUUCAGCACUUUGAUCUUGCCGAGGAGGUGAAUGGUGCUAAACAUCAGAUUGACAAUCACGGAGAUAUGAAGAGAAAAAUACUCAAAUUACCAUUAGAUGAUCUCGAAGGUCAAGGACAAAAGUUAUUGGGAAAAUUGGCCCAAUAUUUGAAUAGAAUAGAUACAUCAACACCAAGCAAUGCCAGUUCAAACGAUACAUCACCAAAUUCACCAAAUCCAGAUGUUAAUGAUACAAUUAAUCAGAUCUUACAACAUUUAGAGUCGUCGAGAAACUCGCAACAACAAUUGCUCAAUCUUUGGCAACAAAAGAAAACUAGACUAGAUCAAUGCUUUCAAUUGAGAUUAUUUGAACAAGAUUGUGAAAAGAUGUUUGAAUGGAUAAUGCACAAUCGUGAUGUCUUUCAACAAAAUUAUAUGGAUAUAGGUGUUAAUCAUAUUACUGCUAAAAAUCUCCAAGAAGAUCAUAAUAGAUUCGCAGUCACAACAAUGACAGUCAGCGUUAAUAUCGGAAGAAUCUUAAAUGUAGCUGGUCGAUUAGUUGAAACAAAUCAUUAUGCAUCACAGCAUAUAAGAACACUUGCUUCGCGUCUAGAUAAAACAUGGAAAGAGUUUACAAAUAGAUUAGAUGAAAGAACGGCUGUCUUAAAUCUUAGUGUAAUAUUUCAUCAUAAAGCUGAACAGUAUGCAGAGAGUGUUUUAUCAUGGUCAGCUGCUGUCGAAGCUUCAAUUCCAAAUCCAUCGGAUGCAGAAAAUUUAGAGACUGCAAUUAGAACCCACCAAUCAUUAUAUGAAGCCAUGUGUCAUGCUUAUACUGAAGUACAUUCAACUAGUAAAAAGCUCCUUUAUCAGUUAGAUCAUCUUGUUCAAGUUUGUAAUCAGCCAGCAUCAUCUAGCAUUAAUGGAAACACCAGAAAAAAUGAAAAUGUAAAGUAUAACAACAAUCCAGCAGCAGAUUACAGUGAAGGAGCAACACAUGUCUUGAACCUAAUUCAUCAAAUUUUAUCUCAUCAUCGAGCAUUGGAAGAGAAAUGGCAUAAUGGGAAAUUGAGAUUACAUCAAAAAUUAGCACUACGUUUGUUUCAAGAGGAUGUGAAACAGGUUUUGGAUUGGCUCCAAAAUCACGGUGACGUUUUCCUUCGAAAGAAUAAAGGAAUAGGACGAAAUUUACAGAAGGCUCGCAUUUAUCAGACAAGUCAUGAACAUUUCGAGAAUGUUGCACAAAAUACUUAUCGUAAUGCUGAGAAGCUUUUAGCUGCAGCACACGAAUUAGCACAGUCAGGUGAAGUUGCGCCGGCAGAAAUACAUUCUGUCGUGUGUAAUUUAGAGAAGCAUGUAUCGUCUUUUGCGGAACGUGUGGAACAACGUCGUCGACGUUUAGAUUUAGCCGUCUUAUUUUACACAAAUGAAAAGGAUAUUCAAGCAUUUGUAGACCAACUUCGUGAUGAAGUUUCCAAUGAUGAAGUAUUAAGUUUAUCGAGUAAGGAUUUAAUCGAAACAGAGAGAUUAUUAGAACAAUGUAAGGAACAAGAGGAUAAUACAAUACAAACUUGUAUGCAGGCACAAGCGCAAGCGGAAGCAUUAAUUCAGGAAUUGAGAGCCUUAAAGGAACCCGAAGAUGACUCAACAGGUUCGAUAUCAGCAGUACAAAAUGCAUUAGAAAGAUUAACAAAGAAUCGCGAGGAAAUGGAAUCAUUGUGGCAGACUCGUAAGAUGAGAAUUGACUUUUAUUUGCGAUUGAAAAUUUUCGAACGUGAUGCUCUCGAAGUAUCGUCACAGCUUGAAAUGUGGGCCGAAGAAUUGCAGCACAUUGAGGCAACACGCAGCUACCAAAUUGCUGAGCAAUCUCUUCGUUUACACAAUGAAAGUGUUAGCCAAAUGCAGAGUACUGUUUAUCAAAUUCUACAGCAAGGCCAAGAACUCAGUCAGUUGUUUGAAAACUGUGGAUUUAUUAUUAUGGCAGAUACGACUCACACAGCAUCCACAAAAGUCCAAUAUUUACUUGAAUUUCUCCAUGAACGUGAGCUCGAUUUAGAGGAUAUGGCAGAAGCUAAACGUAUUAAAUUGGAACAAACUAUCCAACUUUGUCACUUCCAAAAUGAUGCCAAUCAAGUCAUUUCAUGGAUUAGAAAUGGAGAAGCCAUGUUAUUUGCCAAUUUUGCCAUUCCCAAUAGUUACCAAGAUGCUGAGCUCUUUAUGAAGGAACACGAACAGUUUCAAGUCGCAAUCGAACGAACUCAUACGGCUGCUGUUCAAGUUAAAUAUCGAGCUGAUGCAUUGACCAAUGCCAAUCAUUAUGAUCCACAAGCUAUUGCUGAUAUAGCAGAUGAUGUCACCAAGAAAUGGCAACAAUUAGUGACGAGUGCAGAAGAUCGACAUAAAUUAAUGAAAUCUGGAAUGAACUUUUUCAAAACAGCCGAGCAAGUUUGUUCCGUUUUGGACAGCUUAGAGAAGGAAUAUAAACGUGAAGAAGAUUGGUGUGCAGGAGGUGGAAGUUCUGAAAAAGCUCAAAUAAUCGUGCAGUUAAUCUCAAAGCAUCAAGAACAAAAAGAAGCAUUUUUAAAAGCUUGUACAUUGGCUAGACGAACAGCAGAAACCUUUCUCAAGUUUAUUAGUCGUGCAUAUCAGUUCUAUAACAUUCAAUCGCCAGGAACAAGCGAAGCUCGUGUUAAAUCGAUUUUAGACAACUUAUUGUCACAAGAAAACCAUGUUUUAGAAUAUUGGACACAACGAAAAAAAGCAUUUGAUCAAUGUCAACAGUUUGUUUUGUUUGAGAAAUCAGCAAAACAAGCAAUCGAAUGGAUUCAUGACACUGGUGAGGCCUAUUUAUCAUCCAGAGCAUCUAAAAUUUGCAAUAACAACGAAGAGAGGGAGGUUCUCCUGAAAGAACAUAAUGAAUUUAAAGGAACGGCGAAGGAGACACGAGAACGAGUGAAAUUGUUGAUACAAUUAGCAGAUUCGCUGGUAGAUAAAGGUCAUGCACAUGCCAUCUCGAUUAAGCAAUGGGUUGCGACUGUUGAUAAUCGAUACAAAGAUUUCAGUAAUCGUAUGGAAAUGUACCGAACAAAUUUAGAGAAAUCUCUAGGACGCCUAACAAUCUCUGAAGAAGAUUCAUCAUCAACAAACUCAUUAAAAUCAGCAUCAUCUCAUCCUGAAUAUCGCCACUCAGAUCCAUCAUUAGAAAACAAAUUAAAUGUCGUAUCCAAAGAAAUUUCCGAAGAGAAGCGCAAGUGGGCUAGAAAGAAAGAAUUUAUAAUGGCUGAACUUUUGCAGACCGAAAGAACUUAUGUAAAGGAUCUGGAGACGUGUAUAGAAACAUUUUUGAAAGAUAUGAAAAGCGGUGCAAAUGUGCCAAAGAAAUUAGUCGGGAAGGAAAGCCUCGUAUUUGGUAAUAUUGAGGACAUUUACCAAUUUCAUAAGCUAAUAUUUUUAAGAGAGUUGGAAAAGUAUCAAACAAUUCCGGAAGAUGUGGGCCAUUGCUUUGUAACAUGGGCUGCAAAAUUUGAUAUGUAUGUCUUUUAUUGUCAAAAUAAGCCCGCAUCGAAUGAUUUUGUUGUUCAAAACGGUGGAACAUAUUUCGAAGAGAUCCAACAGAAAUGCAAAAUCGAGCACUCAUUACCAGCAUAUUUGAUUAAACCCGUUCAAAGAAUUACCAAAUAUCAAUUGCUUUUAAAAGAUCUUCAGUCGUGUUGUGAUGAGGGACAGGGAGAGAUUAAAGAUGGACUUGAAGUUUGUAUGAACAUUCCAAAAAAAGCAAAUGACGCAAUGCAUUUAUCAUUAUUAGAGUCUUGUGAUAUUUCUAUAAGCUCUCUUGGUGACGUAGUUCUGCAGGAUUCAUUUUCGACAUGGGACAAUAAACAAAUUAUAAGAAAAGGACGUGACCGUCAUGUCUUCCUAUUUGAUUUGUAUCUGCUAUUUUCAAAAGAAGUAAAGGAUACAAAUGGCGUUGUAAAAUAUGUUUAUAAAAACAAAGUGAUGACAUCUGAGUUAGGUGUUACUGAGCAUAUAGAAGGAGAUGAGUGUAAAUUUGCUGUGUGGACUGGACGAGCACCGAUGAUGUCAGAUUUUAGAAUUGUAUUAAAAGCAAAUAGUCUUGAGACAAAGCAAACAUGGGUGAAACGUUUACGUGAAGUUAUCCAAGAAACAUAUUUUUCGGGAACGUCUUUCGCGCUUCUCAAAUCGCCUGGAAAAAUGACAAAUAAUAAAAGUAGUAAUAACAAUAAUAAUAAUAAUAACAAUAAUUUAUCAACAUCACAACGAUUAUCGAAAGAUAUCGACGAGCAAGCUAUCAACAAUGCAGAACAUGAUCCUGACGGCAGUUCAUUGGCUAGCUUUGGUUCUGGAAACACAACUGAUAGUGAAAAGACUGGUGGAGUAGAAAUGACAUGGGUCAUUUCUGAUUAUGUGGCAGCGCAAGGCAGUGCAGAAUUGAGCGUUCAAAAAGGCCAGCAAGUAGAAGUGAUCGAUACAAACUGUUUGGGUGCUCCCGAUUAUUGUCUAGUUCGCCUAACAAAUUCAUCAUCAAAUAAUAAUAAUAAUAAUUUAUCAACAACUUCCUUAAGCUCAUCAUCAACUCAAGAACAAAUUGUACAGGAAGGUUUAGUACCAUCGUCCAUUCUCAAACCACCACCAACCCAAAUGAAAAACAGACGGACAGCUGAUGGUGAUGAAGAACCACAAGAAAAUGACGGUACAAAUCACACAUCGCCUGUAAACAAACGAAAGGGAUUUAGUGGUAAAAAGUGGCUUCCUCAACAGCUCAGAAAACUUUCACAUAGCAAGACAGAUAAGUUGACAGUCGAGAAGCAAGGAUUGAAAAAGGAGAAAGUUGACAAAAAGGGAAAGCAGCAAGAAAAGCAGAAAGAGGAAACGGAAGUUGCCGGCGUGUCAACUUCAUCAACAACACUACCAGUCCGAUCAACGCAACUUACAAAUUCUAUUCAGAAUCAGGAAGAGGAAGAUGCAUUUGAAUGUCUCGAGUUACCGCCACCUAUGAAGCCAAUAUCAAAGAUUGAUGAUAAUUGUAUUCAAUCAUCGAAUCAAUCGUCCGGAAGUAAAGCACUUGAUGAGAAUGAUUUAGCAGAAAUUGAACAAAUAGUGAAAGAAAAGAUGGAGAAACACGAGGCAAGUUUAAAACAUCCUCAGUCAUUAUCGCCACAAGUAUCAGAGAAUGAAGAUAAUUGUACAAAUGAUGUUGCAAUUUCAAUUGAGGAUAUUUUAAAGAAGAGAAUGUUUGCACUUAAGGAAUUAGUAACUACUGAGGAAUCAUAUGUACAGGAUUUAUCAUUGAUUGUUAAUGGCUACAUAGCAGAAAUAAGGAAUCCAAAUAGUGACAUUCCUAUGCCGGACGACCUUAAAGGUGGAAAGGAACGGAUGGUGUUUGGAAAUGUUGAAGCAAUUUACGAGUGGCAUAGAGAUACAUUCUUAAAGGCACUUCAGAAUUGCAUACAAAAUCCUUCCGAGUUAGGAGCAAUUAUUAAGCGUAGUGAAAGGAAAUUACAUAUGUAUGUUGUAUAUUGUCAAAAUAAGCCAGUUUCGGAACAUAUUGUAUCAGAACAUUUGGGUUACUUUGAUGAUAUUCGCCAAAAAUUAAAGCACAAACUUUUGCUUUGCGAUUUGCUCAUUAAACCAGUACAAAGAAUAAUGAAAUACGAACUAUUGAUUAAAGAUAUUCUUAAGCACACUAGACGAGCUGGAUUGAUGGAAGACGCAGAUGAGUUGGAACGAGCUUUAAAUAUUAUGAAAAUUGUACCCAAAGCUGCAAAUGAUAUGAUGCAAGUAGGACGACUUCAGAGAUUUGAGGGAAAGAUAACUGCACAAGGACGAUUGUUGCUAUCAGGAACGUUAUUUUGUGUAGAAUGUAAUAAUGCUGAACGUAAUACAAGCUCUAUGCAGAAGCCCAAAGAACUUCAAGUCUUCUUGUUUGAACAAAAUAUCAUAUUUUCUGAUAUUGUUGGUAAAAAGACUCAGUUCACAAAUCCAGCUUAUAUCUACAAAUCACAUAUACAGGUUAAUAAAAUGACUAUUCAAGAUAUCGAAGAUUCUGGAGGCAAAAAGUUCCUUAUUUGUUCAACAGAUCCUCAAAGAUCAAACAUAAGCUUCAUUUGUAUAACACCGACAACGGAGCUUCAUAAUGAAUGGGUACGAACAAUCAAUCAUCAAUUACAGAAGCAAUUUGAUUUCGUUAACGCGAUUAAGAAUCCUAUUGAGUAUAUGAAACUAAUGGACAGCACAAAAAGUAAUUCCUAAGCUGCAAUCAAUUUGUCACUAGUAAUGAAGAAAAAUUAUUACUUUAGAGGGAAUGAUUUUGUUGCGUUUUUUGUGAUAUUCACAUAGAUAAUACACACACAGUAAAAGAUAUAUAGACACAAAAAGCUCAAGUAGCAGAAUUAUUGUCACUUUUGUAUUAAAAAAAUUUGCUCUAUCUGAAUGUGAAAAAAAAAACAAAUUUAAAAACAGUUUAAAUACUUCUAAUUUGAAAAAAAAAAUAAAAAAAUCAAAAUUAUCCAACAUUUCUCUCACAAGUCAGUUAGGAAAAAAAACUAUUAAUAAUACUAUUAAUAUUCCCGAAGUGAUUAAAUGUAAAAUUAUUCCGAUAACACGGAUUAUGACAUUAUAUGCUAAAAGCUGAAUCAGUUAUUUUCAAUCAUUUUGAUUUGCUUAAAAUUAUGCGUUUUAAUUAAUUUACUUUUCAUUUAAAUCAACACAAAAAAAAGUCAUUCAAAUUCAAAACUUACAUGCUGUGGGUGGCAUAAAAAUUUAACGGCUCUGAACAAUUUGAAUUUCAUCACAAGAAAUCGACUUAAUUUGAGGUACAGAACAAGAUUAGUGACUUUAUAAACAGCUCAAAAUAAACUUUAACCUAAUGCCAAUGUAUUAAUUAAGCUAGAAAUUGCAAAAAUUGACGAUUAUGUUUUUGUAACGUUCAAAAUUUGAAUUUUUGCGAGAAAAUUAUUUUGUCAAAAUUCAAAAAAACAACGACCGUUGGUCACCCAUGGCUUAACUCAUUACUAUUUCAUUGCAACAAAAAGGAAGUUUAAAGGAAGAAAAAAAAAAAACAACUAUUUACAAUGUGUUUGUGAUAUAAUAAAAUAUAAAAAAAUAAUGAAUAAAAUAAAACAUAAUUAUCAAGAGCAGAAAUUUAAGUUAUGUACAGACUUGCGUACAGUCUCGCAAGGAAUCAUGAAUGAAUUUAAUUUAGUUUCUUAUGAUUAUUGAGAAGAAAAAGAAAAUAAAAAGAUUAUAAUUUAUGUAAAUUAUGUAGUGCAACAAGAGAGAAAAAUCCAAACAAUUCAAAUAGUUUGAUUGCACAGUUUUUAUAAUGUCCAAAAUUAUUUUGAUAUAAAAAUGCUUAGUCUAUCAUAUUGCAUUCAUAAAAAAACAAUGUGAGGAGCAUAAAAUGUAAAAAAAUAAAUAAAUUAAAAUGAUUAACUGAAAUUCA